AACACCUGAGGCGCAUGCGCACUGGUGUGUCGUGGCCUGGCGCGCCCCUCCGAAGCGCAUGCUCGUGGACUCGCACGUGCACGAGCCUCAAGACCCAAGGUGCGCGCGUCGGCGUCCUAGGCGGUUGGUGUCCGAGAAUUGGUUAAGCUGGACUCAAGGCAAUUAUUUCCAGUCAGAGAAGGAAACCAUUGCUUGGCAUUCUCACCAUCUUUCUACCUACCAUGAUCAAGUGCUUGUCAGUUGAAGUACAAGCCAAAUUGCGUUCUGGUUUGGCCAUAAGCUCCUUGGGCCAAUGUGUUGAGGAACUCGCCCUCAACAGUAUUGAUGCUGAAGCAAAAUGUGUGGCUGUCAGGGUGAAUAUGGAAACCUUCCAAGUUCAAGUGAUAGACAAUGGAUUUGGGAUGGGGAGUGAUGAUGUAGAGAAAGUGGGAAAUCGUUAUUUCACCAGUAAAUGCCACUCGGUACAGGACUUGGAGAAUCCAAGGUUUUAUGGUUUCCGAGGAGAGGCCUUGGCAAAUAUUGCCGACAUGGCCAGCGCUGUGGAAAUUUCGUCCAAGAAAAACAGGACAAUGAAAACUUUUGUGAAACUGUUUCAGAGUGGAAAAGCCCUGAAAGCUUGUGAAGCUGAUGUGACUAGACCAAGCGGUGGGACCACUGUAACAGUGUAUAACCUAUUUUACCAGCUGCCUGUAAGGAGGAAAUGCAUGGACCCUAGACUGGAGUUUGAGAAGGUUAGGCAGAGGAUAGAAGCUCUCUCACUUAUGCACCCUUCCAUCUCUUUCUCUUUGAGAAAUGAUGUUUCUGGUUCCAUGGUUCUUCAACUCCCUAAAACCAAAGAUGUAUGUUCCCGAUUUUGUCAAAUUUAUGGAUUGGGAAAGUCCCAAAAGCUGAGAGAAAUCAGUUUUAAAUAUAAACAGUUUGAGCUUAGUGGCUAUAUCAGCUCUGAAGCACAUUACAAUAAGAAUAUGCAGUUUUUGUUUGUGAACAAAAGACUGGUUUUAAGGACAAAGCUACAUAAACUCAUUGACUUUUUAUUAAGGAAAGAGAGUAUUAUAUGCAAGCCAAAGAACGGUUCCACCAGUAGGCAAAUGAGUUCAAGUCUUCGGCACCGGUCUACCCCAGAACUCUAUGGCAUAUAUGUAAUUAAUGUGCAGUGCCAAUUCUGUGAGUAUGAUGUGUGCAUGGAGCCAGCCAAAACUCUGAUUGAGUUUCAGAACUGGGACACUCUCUUGUUUUGCAUUCAGGAAGGAGUGAAAAUGUUUUUAAAGCAAGAAAAAUUAUUUGUGGAAUUAUCAGGUGAGGAUAUUAAGGAAUUUAGUGAAGAUAAUGGUUUUAAUUUAUUUGAUGCUACUCUUCAGAAGCGUGUGACUUCCUAUGAGAGGAGUAACCAGGGCAGUUUCCAGGAAGCAUGUAAUAAUAUUUUAGAUUCCUAUGAGAUGUUUAAUUUGCAAUCAAAAUCUGUGAAAAGAAAAGCUACUGCAGAAAACAUAAGCACACAGAAUUCUAGGGAUUUAGAAGCUAUCAGAAAAAAUACAAAUGAUGCAUUUUUAUACAUUUAUGAAUCAGGUGGUCCAGGCCAUAGCAAAAUGACAGAGCCAUCUUUACAAAACAAAGACAGCUCUUGCUCAGAAUCCAAGAUGUUAGAACAAGAGACAAUUGUAGCAUCAGAAGCAGGAGAAAAUGAGAAACAUAAAAAAUCUUGCCUGGAACAUAGCUCUUUAGAAAACCCAUGUGGAACUAGUUCAGAAAUGUUUUUAAGCCCUUUUCAGACACCAUGUCACUUUGAAGAGAGUGGGGAGGAUCUAGAAAUAUGGAAAGAAAGUACUACUGUUAAUGACAUGGCUGCCAACGUCAUGAAAAAUAAUAGAAUUCAGAAUCAACCAGAGAGAUUUAAAGAUGCUACUGAAGUGGGAUGCCAGCCUCUGCCUUUUGCGACAACAUUAUUGGGAGUACAUAGUGCUCAUACAGAGAAGGAGAAAAAAAAAGAACCUAGCAAUUGUGAAAGAGGAAAUGUUUUUAGUUACGGACGAGUUAAAUUAUGUUCCACUGGCUUUAUAACUCAUAUAGUACAAAAUGAGAAAACUAAAUCAAUUGAACCAGAACAUGCAUUUAAAAAUUAUGUUAGACCUGGUCCCACACGUGCCCAAGAAACAUUUGGAAAUAGAACACGUCAUUCAGUUGAAACUCUAGACCUCAAAGAUUUAGCCGGCACUUUAAGUAGAGAAUCUGGUCAAUUGCCCAACAAAAAAAUUUGCAGAACAAAUAUAAGUUGUGGGCUAGAGAAUGAACCUACAGCAACUUAUGCAAAGUUUUCUACUUUUCAGCAAGAUAGCAAAAAAUCACAAACAGGUUGCAUAUUAUCUGAUACAUCCCCCUCUUUCCCCUGGUAUAGACACAUUUCAAAUGACAGUAGGAAAACAGAUAAAUUAAUUGGUUCCUCCAAACCAAUCGUCCGUAAGAAGCUAAGCUUGAGUUCACAGCUAGGAUCUUUAGAGAAGUUUAAGAGGCAAUAUGGGAAGGUUGAAAAUCCUCUGGAUACAGAAGUAGAGGAAAGUAACGGAGUCACUACCAAUCUCAGCCCUCAAGUUGAACCUGACAUUCUGCUGAAGAACAAGAACUGCUUAGACAACUCUGAUGUUUGUAAAAUCACUACUAUGAAGCAUAGUGAUUCAGAUAGUGGUUGCCAACCAGCAAGCCACAUCCUUGACUCAGAGAAGCUUCCAUUCUCCAAGGAUGAAGAUUGUUUAGAACAACAGAUGCCUAGUUUGAGAGAAAGCCCUAUGACCCUGAAGGAGUUAUCUCUCUUUAAUAGAAAACCUUUGGACCUUGAGAAGUCAUCUGAAUCACUAGCCUCUAAAUUAUCCAGACGGAAGGGUUCCGAAAGAGAAACUCAAACAAUGGAGAUGAUGAGUCGUUUUAAUGAACUUCCAAAUUCAGAUUCCAGUAGGAAAGAGAGCAAGUUGUGCAGUGUGUUAACACAAGAUUUUUGUAUGUUAUUUAAAAAUGAGCAUGAAAAAACAGAGAAUGGUGUCAUCCCAACAUCAGAUUCUGCCACACAGGAUAAUUCCUUUAAUAAAAAUAGUAAAACACAUUCUAACAGCAAUACAACAGAGAACUGUGUGAUACCAGAAACUCCUUUGGUAUUGCCCUAUGAUAAUUCUAAAGUUACCAGUAAAGAUUCAGAUGUUCUUAUCAGAGCUUCAGAACAACACACAGGAAGUCCGGACUCUCCCAGUGGAAUGUUAAUGAAUCUGGUAGACGAUGCCACAGGUGACCAAAAUGGAAUUUGUUUUCAAAGUGAGGAAUCUAAAGCAAGAGCUUGUUCUGAAACUGAAGAGUCAAACACGUGUUGCUCGGAUUGGCAGCAGCAUUUCGAUGUAGCCCUGGGGAGAAUGGUUUAUGUCAACAAAAUGACUGGACUCAGCACAUUCAUUGCCCCAACUGAGGACAUUCAGGCUGCUUGUACUAAAGACCUGACAACUGUGGCUGUGGAUGUCGUACUUGAGAAUGGGUCUCAGUACAGGUGUCAUCCUUUUAGAAGCGACCUUGUUCUUCCUUUCCUUCCGAGAGCUCGAGCAGAGAGGACUGUGAUGAGACAGGAUAACAGAGGUAGGGGUGGCAGAGACUGCUGGGGCACCCAGUACACAUCGUACCACCUAACUCAAAAAACAAAGCAGGCUUGCAUUAAGCUUGAUCAGUGCCAGCUGUGCUGUUCUGGAAUCAGGAAUUCCCCAUGGCGCUAUUUAACAGUUGCUGUUGAUGUAAGCAGUGGCCAGGCUGAGAGCUUAGCAGUUAAAAUUCACAACAUCUUGUAUCCCUAUCGUUUCACCAAAGAAAUGAUUCAUUCAAUGCAGUUCACAAUCCUUGCUCAUCUAGGUGGAAACCUGCUCGUGCUGGUGGAUCAGCACGCUGCCCAUGAGCGUAUCCGUCUGGAGCAGCUUAUCACUGAUUCCUAUGAGAAGCAACAGGCACAAGGCUCUGGUCGGAAAAAAUUACUGUCUUCUACUCUAAUUCCUCCACUAGAGAUAACAGUGACAGAGGAACAAAGGAGACUCUUAUGGUGUUACCACAAAAAUCUGGAAGAUCUGGGCCUUGAACUUGUAUUUCCAGACACUAGUGAUUCUCUGGUGCUUGUGGGAAAAGUACCGCUCUGUUUUGUGGAAAGAGAAGCCAAUGAACUUCGGAGAGGAAGAUCUACUGUGACCAAGAGUAUCGUGGAGGAAUUUAUCCGAGAACAAGUGGAGCUGCUCCAGACCACAGGAGGCAUCCAAGGGACAUUGCCACUGACUGUCCAGAAGGUGCUGGCAUCCCAAGCCUGCCAUGGGGCCAUUAAGUUUAAUGAUGGCCUGAGCUUACAGGAAAGUUGCCGCCUUAUUGAAACUCUGUCCUCGUGCCAGCUGCCAUUCCAGUGUGCUCACGGGAGACCUUCUAUGCUGCCAUUAGCUGACAUAGACCACUUGGAGCAGGAAAAACAGAUUAAACCCAAUCUCGCUAAACUUCGCAAAAUGGCCCAGGCCUGGCGUCUCUUUGGAAAAGCAGAGUGUGAUACAACGCAGAGCCUGCAGCAAUCCAUACCUCCCUGUGAGCCACCAUGAGAACAGAAUCACUGGUCUAAAGGAACAAAGGGAUUUUCACUGUAUGCCUCUGAGCAGAGAGCAGCAGCAGCAGGUACCAGCACGGCCCUGACUGAAUCAGCCCAGUGUCCCUGAGCAGCUUAGACAACAGGGCUCUUUGUAUCAGUCUUUCCUGAGCAGAUGAUUCCUCUAGUUGAGUAGCCAGAUGGAAUUCAAGCCUAAAGACAGUUCAUUCAUUUGCAUCCAUGGACACAGAAGGUUGCCAUAUAGUAUCUACCUUUUGCUACUUAUUUAAUGAUAAAAUUUAAUGAUCGUUUGA